AUUUUUUGGGCCGCAGCGCAGCCAUUUAUGUUGAUCGCGUUUUCGAAGUGGUAUUAAUAAAGAGAAUAAUUUUUCCCAGAAUGACUGACUCAAUGAAUUUUGGUCCCGAUUGGAUCCGUAACCUUUCUUCAGAAGGGACUUCUGGAGGAGGAACCAGUAGCGGUACUCGAUAUCAGCUUGCUGAUUAUCGAUACGGCAGAGAAGAGAUGUUGGCUUUAUUCGAAAGAAACAUAAAGCCGCCGGCCUGCCUUACGAAUUUCAAAAGUCUUUAUUCAGAGGCGUCACUUCCACCAUUGUCCUUAGUACCUCCCAGCGAAGAAGAGAGAAGUGGUUGGCAAGGCCGUCCAAUCAACUUGGGCGGACCUCCGAGAGGUAGAGGCGCUUUGGAAAGAGGCGGCCGUAUAAAUCGUGGUGCCAGAGGUGGGUACCAAUCCUACGGAAGACCAACCAACUACGAAGGAGGUUGGGGCAAUGGAGAACCCUCCGACUGGAGUCCCAGGAAGGAGUACAGUCCUAGGACAACCACCAUGGACAAUUGGAGAAGGUCCAGAAAUAAUGACGAGGAUGACGGAUGGAGGAUGUCAUCAGCUGGCAGGGGUAUGCAUGAAAAAUGGGGUCGUCAAACAAGUUGGAGAGGAGGUGAAGGAGAAGAAGAAAGAACUGGUCCACCAGAAAGGGGCGGUCGCCCAGGUGGGUGGCAAGAAACUAACAGAGGACCACUUUCAAGAAGAUCCUGGGACAAUGAGGAUCAUUUGCCUGAGUGGGCCAACGAGAAUCCUUUGGAAAGUGGCGGCUCGUUUGACGACCGGGGUGCCUUCCACGGUUCUGACGAUGAACAAGAAGGCAAAAAGGGCGCAGGCCUACACAAAUCCACUUCUCAGCAACAUAUAAGCCAUAAAUCACAUCCACCUUUACUUACCUCCAAGUCCACUUUGUCUUUGGUGAAGGAUAGUGAUCAGGAUUUAAGUAAUGAUAGGCCGAAUAGUUUAGAAACUGCGAAUCCGGAUAUUGAAAGGAAACUGUCUGCUCCGGAAGUAAUUGAUAAAUUAUCCAAAGAAGUUAUUAUUAAUAAUAGGGAUAGAGCCAAGUCUGAGGGACCUAUGAGGAAUGAGGAAUUACACGAGCUAAUAUUAGAACCCAAGGUUGAAGAAAACGAUUUUGAAAAACUCCAAGAAGAUUUUGUAUCAAAAUUGGUGGUGGAUGAAGAGCCUCGUAAACCGAAUGGUCAACAGCCAAACAGUUUUGAGAUGCCUGGCUUGGUACCACCGCCAAAUUUGCCGGUACCAGGUCAAGAUAAGUGGUUCUACCAGGAUCCACAAGGGCAAAUGCAAGGACCUUUCACAAACAUGGAAAUGUGCGAAUGGUCGAAAGCAGGCUACUUUGGCAAAGAUUUGAAAGUCAGAAGACAAUGCGACGAAAGAUUUUUUUUACUUGGCGAACUAACGGCUAUUUGUGGCAACACCAAUCCGUUCCAGACAAGUGUCAAAUUCCCAGUUCUUAAAAACGACAUAUCAAAAAUGCCAGAGGGCGAUCUACAGUUCCAAUUGCUGUCCCAAUUGGCGGCCUACAAACAAGCUCAGGCUCGAGUUAUGGCCGAUCCGUGGAGCGCUAUUGCGGUGCAACAGCAGGAACUUGCUGCUCAAAGACUGAUUAUGCAACAACAGCAAGAUAUGCAGUAUAUGCCGCCAGCGCCCCACCCAAAUCCUCUCAUGCAAAUGAUCAGUCAAAUGCAACAAGCCAAUAAAUUGUCAAAUCCAGGUUUAAUAGACAAACAACAACCACCCAAUAUGGAUCCUCACAUGCACAUGCACAUGAAUAAUUUCCUCUCCUUACAAAAUCGUAUACCCAUGCCUGGUCAAAUUUCAACCGGUUUGCCUUUACCGAACGAAAAUUUAGCCACAGGUAUGUCGAGUCUUCCAGGAGCUGCCGGUAUUCCCAUGCCAGGUUUGAACGUACCUAGGCCUUCUCCAGUCGAGCAUAACGAUAACGAUCCGAUUAGUAGUUUAUUGAAGCAGCUUCAGCAACAGAAACAGCAACAAGUUGAAUCAAUGUGGCAACAAAAUCAAUUUGGUGCGCAAAAUUCUAGUUCCACUCAGCAGCAACAGUGGCCCACCCAAGUACAACAACAACAGCAACCGUCUGAAGUACCUAUAUCUAUGUGGGAUAUUCAACAGAAUCAACCUGCAGCUCCAUCACAACCACCAAUAGAGUUGGUUCAACCUCAAGUGGAUUCUCUUGUAGUGAACGAAGAGGAGAAACUUAAAAAGAUUGAAAAAGUAAAAGAUAACAAACAGAAAGAGGAUGGGAAAGAAUUGAAAAAGAAAAAGAAAAUUGAGGAGGAACAGCAAAAGAAGGAUAUCGAGGAAAGGCGAAAGCAAGAGCAAAGAAAAUUGGAAUUGGACAAGAAAGCUGAAGUCGAAAGGAAAAGAAAGGAAGAAGAAAAAAUAAAAAAGGAAUUGGAAAAAGCUAAAAAAGAGGCCGAAGACAAACGCAUGAGGGAAUUGGAAGAAAAGAGACGGUUAAAAGAACAAAGGAAAUUAGAAGAAGAAGCUAAAAAACGUACAGACGAAGAACGUAGGAUACUUGAAGAAGACAGAAUACAACGUGAAAAAGAACAGAGAGACAGGGAAGAACGUCAAAAAGCAGAGGAAAGAAGGCAAGAACAAUUGUCAAUGGCAAAAGCUGCACCUUGGUCUCAAGCGAAUUCCACUUUCGGAAUGAGCUUGGCCGACAUACAAAAGGCGGAAAAAGAAAGGAAGGCGCAAGAAGCUGCUGCUUUACAAGCUCAAAGAAUCCAACUUGAAAAAGCAUUAUUGGUCCAACAACAACAGCAACAAAUGCUAGAAAAAUCCGGUUUCGGUUGGGCCAAAAAAACCAUAGAACCUCGUAAAGUGAAAUCCCUGGCCGAAAUCCAAGCUGAAGAGCAAGAAAGGCUGGCCAAAGAAACCGCAGAAGCUCGCUUAAAAAGAGAAAAAGAAGCUCGCGAAACGGCCCAGCACCACCAUCAAACCUCGAACUCGAUUUGGAGUGGGCAAAGCUUGACUUGGGCCAGCGCCUCGCAACCUUCUCAACCUCAGUGGUCCGAAUUUUGGGGGGCCGAGCCAAAAACCGCAAUAAAACCGUCCGUCGUAUCUAAGAGCAGUUCGAUGUCUACUAUUAAUUAUAGCGCUUCGAAACAGGCCCAACCUCAACCUCCUAAACCGCAACCUCAGCAACAACCAAAGGCCAAACCUAAAAAGGAAGAAGCCGGAAGCAAUAAAAAGAAUCAUAAUAAUAAUGUUGAAGAUGAUUUUACUAGUUGGUGUUUUAAGGCUUUGACUAAUAUUUCAAGUGAAGUUGAUGUUCCAACUUUUAUAUCCUUUUUAAAAGAUAUUGAGUCUGCCUUUGAGGUGCGGGAAUAUUGCAAAGAGUAUUUAGGGGAAAGUAACACCACUCAACAGUUUGCAAAUAACUUUCUAGAAAAACGACGUUCCUUUAAACCAAAACAGGCGCAUAAAGACGACAUGUGUUCGCCCGCACCUGCAAUUACCCCCCAUAUGCAUAACACAGCUGAAUUUCAAGAGGUGAAGGGCAAAAACAAGAAAAACAAAAAAUCCAAAAUGUUGAAAGUGGAUUCGCGUAUCUUAGGCUUCAAUGUGACUUCAGCUCCUGACAGAAUCAAUGUGGGUGAUCGAGAUUAUGGUGAUAAUUCGUAAAAAAAAAAUAAUUAAAAUAAGGAAUUUGCUACUUAUUAUUAGAAAAAUUAAAAAAAAAAAAACCCGGAAAGAAAAUAUAAUUUGUUAAACAAGUUGUACCUUUAAUAUUAUAUAUAUUAUAUUAACAAAUUGAAUGAUUUAUGAAUGCGUUUUUUGUCUAGUUUAAACAGUUAUACUUGCUUCAUUAUGUAAUUAUAUAUUUUUUUUUGUUUGUUUUCAAGAUUUACUGUUUAAAUUAAAUAUAUUAGUUUUA